CUUCCCCUCUUCUCCCUCAGCUUCUCCCUCCUCUCUCCUCCUCAGCUCACUGAUCCCUCCGCUGCUCCUGCUGCCUGUUCUUCCUCCUCCUCCUCCUCCUCCUCCUCCUCCUCCUCCUCCUCACCUUCAGCGUCCACCAUGGUGAACAGAUAACCGCCCGGCCAGCCUGAUACCAUGGGGACCUGCCUCUGCAAAGGUCACAAAGAGCUCCACCUCUCUAUACCGACUCUGCAGCAGACCGAAGAGGGUCAGUCCUCCUCUGUCAAGGACGGCCAGAAUCCCUCCAAUGGCAGCGUGGCGGACAAAACCAGCCGCUAUGACAUCGGCGAGCUGGCCACGUCUUCUCUGAUCGGUCUGGUGGCUACGAUAAAGGAGCAUAUCACCAAGCCGACGGCGAUGGCCCAGGGCCGCGUCGCUCACCUGAUCGAGUGGAAAGGCUGGGGCGGGUGCGGCGAGGCCGGAGGAGGCCUCCGGGGCAAGGGAGGCGGAGGCUGGGGGGGGAUGGAGGCCGAGCUGCAGGAAGACGAACAGUUCUACUCUCAAAUGACGGAUGAGAUCAAGGAAGCUCGCUUCGCUGCAGGUGUAGCAGAGCAGUUCGCUCUUGCAGAGGCAGCCAUGAACGUGUGGUCAAUGCAUGACGCCUAUGAGCAGCCGUCCACCAGCUUACAAGCGCCGCAGCCCCACUUCCUGUCCCAGUUCCUGAUCGACGGCGGGAGCGUGGGCGUCCCCCAGCACCUGUACAGCAUCCACGCUCAGGCGUACGGCAACGACGGCGCCGUGAACCUGCUCCCCCCGCCGCAGGUCAACCCCGGCCCCCAGACGUCGGCGGCGCAGCAGGACGCCGAUCAUCCCUUUGAGGACGGGAGCACCGUGACUGCAGAGGCCGCCGUCCGGCACGUGGACAGCAGCUCGCUCUCUGAGGACGAUGUUUUUUACAACUAGGCCAGUGGGGGUGGGGGGGGAGAAAAAG